GAUAUCGCGUCCUCGCAGAUACGACUCGAACCCUCACGUGGUGGAGAGGACAUGCGCGCACCCUCGGCAAAGCCGCGACGCUAUAUAAGAGAAGAACGCGAGUCUCCGAGUCUCAGUUCGCUCACGAAAGCGUGCGAAAUACACACGGCAAACCCGGCAAUCAACGACAAAUUGAUAAAACGCGUGUUUGCGAUUAACCGCCGAAUAAAACUAUUCUUUCGGCACAUAAGGAUGAACGACUUGGAGAAAGACGGAAAAGGCAUCCAGUAACUAAUAAGAACACAGAACAGUGGGAAACGGAUGAAAAUAAAAGAUCAACGACCGAUCGACAACGAAGCACGCUAAUUUCUCCUCGAAAGCAUCGUUUUACGCAAGUAUAAGCACAGUGAAACGAGUGUGGAAUUGAUUAGACGCACGGAAAUUGAUCAACCGUGACAGAAAGGGCGCGCAUUUGCCAUCGUUCACACGAAAGGCAGCGAGUCAACGACUGAGCGCGGUCGAACGAAACUCGAGUUAAUUUCGAACGAACGAGUUCUAAUCGAACGAAACGAAAUUUGCGAGCUGGCUAACCGAACGGUACAGAUUUUCGUCCGCGAUCUCGAUCGGAUCGGUGGCUUUCGUACUUCACUGAGAAUGGAGGACACGACUAGAUUGACCGAUCCGGAAGACGAUCGUCGCCGAGAGAACCAAAAGGGCGACGGUAAACGAAGAGUCAGCCCGACCGUGGGCCCUGGUUCUUCGAAACAAGAAUUCGGAGACGACGAAUGCAGCACGGACAGUGGUUGCAGCAGCGGUGGAAGUACCGGAAGCGCGGAGAGGCUGUCGCGUCGCGGAAGCAGCGAGCGACUAUGCCGCGCCACCAGGUCGCCGAGAACCCACUGCUACUUGGACCGACUUCGCGGCCGACCGACUCGUUCUCAGGAGAGACUUUCCAGCAUUCAGAGAAGUUCGGAGCGAGUUCGAGCCAAGUCCUCGCGUUCUUGGAGCCCUGGAGACGUUAGAGGCGUUGGAAGAACUUCGGAGUCGCUUUCGUACUCUUCGAGUCCAUCGGACGCCCACAGCAGCACCGACAGCGACUCGUUGAAAAGAUCCAGCACGGCAGAUACUCUUCGAAGAGCGCUUCAAACUCUCAAGAUAUCCUCCAAGUGGGAAGGGAAGGAGAACAAGCACGCGAAGAAGAGCCCCAAAAGAAUCCUACGCAGUCCGGUGUCCUACACGUACGUCAGAGGUCUUUCGGGCCUACCAACGCAGAGGGUUCCAAGGAACAUGGCACAGCAAUUGACGAUGCCCUGUUCCUGUCAAGAUACCGUCGGUCUCUACCGAUAAGAAGCAAUCAGGAUCGAUGGCGAUUCGAGUCGAAGCCGGUUCACUCGGUUCAUCCAAGUUUCAUCCGUUUUAAACGAUACACUCGCUCAAUUCCGCUCUCUCUCUCUCUAUCUAUCUAUCUAUCUAUCUAUCUAUCUAUCUCUCUAUCUAUCUAUCUAUCUAUCUAUCUCUCUAUCUAUCUAUCUCAUUACAAACUUCGAGUUUCGUUGCGCGAUCGUCUCGAUAUUAAAUAGCGCAAAUAGCCGAACGGAGCCUCCGCUCUUGGACCAUUCUUUGCGUACGAGAUGUUUGCUCGCACGAUCUACAGGAAUUCGCAGCCCACGCUUCCGUUUCCGUACUUUCUACUUUUGUCAAUCGCGGCCCUUUCCUCGCCGCUGUUUUUUCAAACCUCGACCAAACGAGUGGAUCAAAAUGUAUACGAACUUAGAGCGAUACGAGCGAAAUAAUUGUAACGGACGUCGAAGAUUCGGCGAACGUAGCGUUUCGCGUCUUCUCGCUCUGCCGGAAACUUCGCGGAAAAGCGUAUCCGGCGCGCUUCUUCCUCCGUCGAGAUUUUCUUUCGUUCCAGGCCGAUCAUAUUCGAUCGGUCGUCGGUCGCUUGGGAGAGAAGAAGGCGAAAAGUACGGGAAAGUCGCGUUCGUCGUAGGUAGAGGUGCGUCGACGUACAAGUACAUUGUGUUUUAAGUUGUUGGUCUCUUAUUCGUAAACGAGAUAGAUCAUGUAGACAGAACGUAGCCGUAUAAGCAUGUAUGUACCUACCUUUUGUAG